CUCCUCUCCAUCGUCCGUCUCUCUUCGAAGAGUAGCUGAAGAUGGGAAAAGAGGAAGAGAAAAUCGCGAUUUCGAAGACGAAGAAGAAGCCGCAUCGAACCGCCCAAGACCUCGAAUCCAUCAAAUCCGACGUCGUCUCUUUCGCCUCCUCCCUCGGCCUCGUCCCUCCGACGCUUUCCUCCUCGUACGGCUUCGACGACUCCGAUUUCCGCAAAUCCGGACCCCUCAAACCCCUCGAUGCCCAUGAGUCGAAACUGCCGUCGUCGGUCUCCGCCGCCGGCGAUAAAGGCGGAGCCAAGAAGGAACCCGGUUCCAAGGCCCUCCCCAAGCCCCACCCGUUGCAGAUCGAUCCCUUUGUCAAGACCUCGCAUGAGAAGAAAGGCCGCCCGGAAGUUCCCUUGAUGAAGGCGAGCUCCCUCUCGGGGCAUUGGUACCUCGAUGCCGAGGAGCUGGAAGCCAAGGUCUUGGGUCCCGACGGGAGCAAAAAGGUGACGAAUUUGGGGAUCGGGGAGUUCAAGAAGCUAGUCGAGAAGAAGAAAGAGGUGGCCGAGAGGCUGCUGGCGCAGUACACCGAGGAUUAUGGGUCCUCUAGGAGGAAGAGCGGGGAUAUGAGGUUGCUGGAGGUGACGGCCAGGUCAGGGACAUCGUCAGACAAGGUGUCUGCCUUCACGUGCUUGGUGGAGGAUAACCCUAUCGCCAAUAUAAGGUCGCUGGACGCCCUGUUGUCUAUGGUGACAUCCAAGGUAGGGAAACGCUAUGCAUUUACUGGCUUUGAAGCUCUGAGAGAGUUGUUUCUGUUGAGAUUGCUGCCAGAUCGCAAGCUAAAAUCUCUGUUUCAACGCCCCUUGGAUAGUUUGUCUGAGACAAAAGAUGGUUUCUCUCUUUUACUCUUUUGGUAUUGGGAAGAAUGCUUGAAGCAAAGGUAUGAACGAUUUGUUACUGCACUUGAGGAAGCAUUAAAAGAUAUGUUGCCAAAUCUGAAGGACAAGGCAAUGAAGACAGUGUUCUUUCUCUUAAAGAGUAAACCAGAACAAGAACGUAGAUUGCUUACAGCUAUUGUAAAUAAACUAGGGGAUCCGGAGAGGAAAGCAGCAUCUGGGGCUAUGUAUCACUUGUCUUGCCUUUUGUCUGCACAUCCUAAUAUGAAGGCAGUGGUAAUUGACGAAGUUGAUGCCUUUAUCUUCAGACCACAUAUAGGACUGCGUGCAAAAUACCAAGCUGUUAAUUUCUUAAGUCAAAUUUUUCUCAGCAAAAAAGGGGAUGGACCUAAAAUUGCAAAACGGUUGGUUGAUGUAUAUUUUGCGCUCUUUAAGAUACUAAUUUCAGAGGCUCAAGAUGGACAAUCCAACAAGAAUGACAAAAAAAGUGGUUUAAAUGUGAAGGGAAAGGGGAAAAAAGGCAAGACUGAUUCACUGAAAACUCUUAGAAAAAACAAAAAUGAACCUUCUUUGGAGUCUAAUAUUGAGAUGGAUUCUCGCCUUCUCUCUGCACUGCUAACUGGCAUUAAUAGAGCAUUUCCUUUCAUUGCAAGUGAUGAUGCGGAAAGCAUUAUAGAAAUUCAAACACCUGUACUGUUCAAAUUGGUCCAUUCUAAGAAUUUUAAUGUGGGAGUUCAGGCACUGAUGCUGUUGUAUCAGAUAUCUUCCAAGAAUCAGAUUGUUAGUGACCGUUUUUAUCGUGCUGUCUAUGCAAAGUUACUGACUCCUUCUGCACUUACUUCCUCAAAGCCAGAAAUGUUUCUUGGGCUAUUGGUCAAAGCAAUGAAGAAUGACUUGAACAUGAAGCGGGUAGCUGCCAUCUCGAAGCGCCUUUUACAGGUUGCGCUUCAAAGGCCCCCUCAGUAUGCUUGUGGGUGCCUGUUUAUAUUAUCUGAAGUUCUUAAGGCAAAACCACCUUUAUGGGCUGUUAUCCUACAAAAUGAGACUGCUGAUGAUGAUAUUGAGCACUUUGUCGACGUACCAGAAGAUCCUGAAGAUCUAGCCAGUGGUUCUAUUGUGUCACAACAUGAUAAAAAUUCACAUGAGUAUGAAAAGGAUCAGGUCUCUGAAGGUGAAACUGGUUUGGAAGAUAGACUAAAAAUCAAUACAAUAAGAAAUCACAGCUUAGGAGGUGAUCAAGCACUUCAUACAGGGUCCACACUGCCUGCAGGCUACAAUCCACGGCAUAGAGAACCAUCUUACUGCAAUGCAGACCGUGCAAGUUGGUGGGAGCUGACAGUAUUGGCAUCGCAUGUGCACCCAUCGGUUGCAACCAUGGCCAGGACUGUGUUAUCUGGGGCCAACAUUGUUUACAAUGGUGACCCUCUAAAUGAUUUGUCUCUUACUUCUUUUAUCGACAAGUUUAUGGAGAAGAAACCGAAACCAAACCGAAAAGCUGAAGGAAGUUGGCAUGGUGGAUCUCAAAUUGCACCUGCAAGAAAGAUCGACGUGAGCAGUCAUCUUAUUGGUGAAGAUAUUCUACAGCUAGCAGAGGAUGAAGUGGCCCCUGAAGAUGUUGUCUUCCACAGAUUCUACAUGAACAAAACAAACACGUCAAAGAAGCCAAAGGCAAAAAGAAAAAAGGCUGCGCAAGAUGAUGAGGAUGCAGAUGAUCUUUUGUUGGAUGCAAGCGACGAUAGUGAAGAAGAGGAGAUUGAUAACAUGAUGGGAUCUGGUCCUCUUCCUGUGGAAGAUGCUGGUGAAGAUUAUGACUAUGAUGAUCUCGACAAAGUUGCUGAUGAGGAUGAUGAUGAUUUGCUUGGAAAUGGUAGUGAUGCAGAGACAGGUCCUUCAGCAAAUCUCAUUUCACGCGAAGAUGGUGGGAUUGCAAAUGAUGAUGAUGACGGCAGCAUUGAUACAUGGAAUAGUGAUUCCGAGGGAGGUGUCGAUGAUCUUGCUGAUGUUGGUACCGAUAUGAAUGAUGAUGGCAUUAAUGAUAAUGAUGACAAAAGUGAGGUACCUGAUGAUAAAGUUGGUAAGCGGAGGAAACAUAAGUUGAAUGGUAGGUCUCGAACAUCACCAUUUGCUAGUCUUGAAGAGUAUGAACACCUCAUGAGUGACAAGGGGGAUAGCAUCGAUAAGUUGAGAUCACAUAAGAAGAAAAAGAAGAAAGUAUCUAAUUGAGUGUUUCAGAAAAAAAAUGUCACGAUUUCCUAGUGUAACCUGUAAUGGGUAAGAAGACUGUGUUUGGUUACUCGGUUGAAAGAAGAGUAGUGGGCAGAAGAGAAGGGGAAAGGGAAAGGGAAAGGAGGGGAAAGAUUUGUGUUUGUGUUGAUGGAAUCAAGAGAAGGGAUCACAUUGAACUCUCCUUCCUCUGCAAAGCUGCCCAGUUUUAGAGAGAGCCAAUAUGGAUUUUGGUAGGCUCUGGUUCUCUUUGUUUCUUGUCCUAACUAUGUUGACAACACAAAAGGAGGGGUCUCUUCCUUUUGUUCUUGUUAAUGUAGCCAUAAGAAGCAAGCUUUCUAAUAGUUGAGUCUGUGUCGGAGGGACAAUGGAAUAGCAAAAUUGGAUUAUACCCCCCUUGUGUUUUAAUAAUAUUUGUUUUUUUUCUUAAA